UACGAGGAAGUAUAAAAUCACUCCUUUCGCCGUCAGCUUUUUAAAGCGAAAGUCCGAGGAGACACGGGUGUUUUCAUUUUCAGUAAACGUGAGUAUGAUUUCAGAAUCUCUCUGCUUUGCUGAUUGCCACUUUGCCUGAGUCAGAGGCCACAUUUUGUACAAUGUUACAUUCUUGUUUUUAAAAUUAGUGUCCCUCUUGUCAUUUCUCCUAUAAUUGUGCUCUCAAUAACUCGAAACCCAUCGCUAGAGCAUCCACAAAGAUAAGUUGGCUGAAAGAAUAAUGCUUUGAAACUACAAAGUACCUAUCAAUUUGAGCGGCAUUUCACCCUGAUAUUCUUAGGCUACUUUUGCAUUGUCUUGUUUUUUCAUGAAUUCCCUUUAAAUCAGGUAUGUGUUAGUUAUUUUUCUUUUUUUAGCCAAUAGCCGUUUCGUUUUCCAAUUCAUCGUCACAAUUCGGAUCAUGGAAAACAGGCCUUUGUUUUAAGCCCUAACCACUGCUUUAUUAGUUUAUUAUCUACAUUUCUAGAUGUUCCUUGCCAUCCCCGAUAAUACUUAAGUCGAGAGUCUAAGAACUCGAACCUUAGUAUAUUUUCUGAUACACGCUUUGAUGCUUCCAGCUAUCAGAGUCAACUGUAAAUUUAUUUUUGUUACAUCUUAAAUGGGAAGACUUUGAUGAGCCUAAUAGAGCCUCUUUAAGUCGUGAGAGCAAAUAGAAAAGCGAGAGCGAGAAAAAAGCGACAAGUAGAACGAGGACUAGAAAGCUCAAACAUUUUUGAUCAUCCAAGAUCUUAAACCAAUUUUUAACGUUGAAACUGAAUCUGUCUGCGCCAAUUACAAAUUCUUUGCAUAAUCACCAAAGAAUAAUUAAAAAUAGUCUACAGGUUAUAUAUUGUUUUCUCUUAUCAUAUUGAAACCACCAACAAACUUUGACUUUGGCAAAUUAAUACGCCUAUUAUGGAAGUAAGCGUCACAAUCUCGGGUAGCAAUUACUUUUAAUAUGUCUACUGAAGUUUUUUUGUGUAACGUAUAACUAAAUAGUUAUGUUAACGCAAAAACUGAAUACGAAACUUAAAGUGGAGACCGCGGACAGGUGCUGUAUCCUGUUCAUCUGAUUUGAUAUGCACGCCGGAGUUAGAGCUCAUGCAGUUUAGCUUAAUCAAUAACCAGAAACGUGUCUGACAACCUCCAAUUUAAUUUAACCUUUGUAACACGUGGUUAAUCUCCCUGCCAGGUGUCGCAUCCAUACGCUGCAUUUUAAUUUUUAAUAUUUUGUUUUAUUUUAUUAUUUAUCUUUUCUUUUUUUAAGAACCUAAAAUGUCCCAGUUCUUAAACAGUACCUACUUUGUGUGUGUUCAUCUUUAAAAAACUUCCAAAAGAUACAGCAACGAAGUAUUACGGGCCUCAUUUGCAAUGUACUUAAUAUCUUAAUUAUCAAAGAAGGUGAAAAAAACUUGCCUCGUGCCGUUCUGUCCCCAGUCGUUCUCUGUCACGUCUUGGCGUCCGAGGGAGUCUGAGACAAGAAGGAAGGGGGUCGGGACGAGACUCCUCCUGCCUUUUACAGUCCCACAGUGCUUUGUGCUUAACAUAGUUAGAGAGGUUUUCUGUGUACUAGGAAGUAUUAUAAUAAAAUUACUCCUUUGGCCGUCAGUUUUUUUUUAAAGCGAAAGUCCGAGGAGAAACGGGUGUUUUCAUUUUCAGUAAAUGUGAGUAUGAUUUCAGGAUCUUUCUUUCUUCAAAGGGUUUAAACAAUUAAUAUCAUCACAUUUUCGGGUAAAGAAAUGGUUUCUUUUUUUGUGAGAGAGCUUUUAAUAGCAAUUAUUAUUCAUUCAAAAUAUUUCCCCAAUUCUUAUUGGCUAAAAGCACGCGCAUAAUUUACCAUAACCAGUUACUAAUGACCAAAUUUGGAAGAAUUUUGUGUUUAACGAGGAAACGACGUCAAAAAUGCAGCCUUCUACAGUUUAAAGCACCGUUAACCGAGAUGACCUAGGGACGAGAUUGAGUUGUUUUCGUUGUAAAAACUAAAAUGACAGACGCUUCACUCGUUUCAAGAGUAAGAACUGCAGCUGGAACUAGGCGAAAUAAUGGCUAAAACAUAGCAAAAACGGCAAGAAGACAACUCGGGGGGCGACAUCUGCUAUUUGGAGAAUGUUUGCGGAGCUGGACAAACCUAAACGUAAACUAUCGAAGAUAAACUUAACAUCGAUGCAGGUAAACUUUUUUUAGCUAUGUUUUUAAACUAGGAAUUAUUUUGAGUGAAUAAUAAAACAAUUAUUGAAUUCGGCUUUCGUAUCAUAUAUACCUAUAAUUAGGCGAGUUUUCGGUCCGUACUCUAAAUUACGUACCGAGUUUUUUUCCAUCGAUUUACUGCCCAAGCGCGAAGCGCGCGGGCCAUGAAUCGAUGGAAAAAAUCGAGGAUCCGUAAUUUACAGUACGGACCGUAAAAACGAGGCUAAUAAGAUGUUUAUUAUAUGGCUUCUUCCAGUUUCGGGGACCGGAAACAAGUGCAGGACGCGCGAUUUGACAAUCAUUUGACAGGCGUCAAGAAAGAAAGUUUUUAUUGGCUCACGAAAACAAUAGCACAGAACAAAGGGUUUCCGAGAAAGUGAAAACAAAUUCGCCAUAAAGUUUAUUUGGUCAAAACUAAGAGCGCUGUAAGUUUUAGCUCUUAAGUGUAACGCUUGAGUAUUUUGGAAACCGGGCGCUGUGUCUUUCUCGAAGUCGUUUCCAUCUUUCCUCCGUCGGUCCCUGUAAAAAACAAAACACUGCAAAAGGCACAGAAGCUUUUCAAGGUAAGUUUUUUGUUAUUGUCGAAGAUUCGCUCGUUAAUUUUUUUGGAAAAACCUCUCGAAUUUCUGCCAGUUCAUUCUCGUCUUCAAGGGGUUCAAGCGUGAUCUGCGUUAAAAUUUUCAAACGCGGACCAUCUUUUCUUCCACGGAAAGGUUACGAUUCAGUUUCUACAUCAGCUUCGUUCGCGUUCAAACAAAGCUAGGUUAAAAUCUGGAAAGGCAAAGUCAACAUCCCAGUCCUCAGGGUUUACAGACAUAGUUUAAGUAUAUUCGGUCAAAACUAAGAGCACUGUAAAAGUAAAAUUCACUCGCCAGGCAAUGUGACGCUGGAGUCUUUUGAAAACUGGACAUUGUGUCUGGCUCGCAGUCGCUUCUAUCUUUCUUUCGUUGGUCUUUGGAAAAACAAUGCAAAUGACAAAGAAGCUCGCCAACAUGAUCGGGUGCAGGCAUGUUUGUUAUCAUAUUUGUCGAAGGAAUUACUCAUUUUCUCUUAGGCAAAACAUCUCGAAUCUCUGCCAGUCGAUUUUCGUCUUCUUAACUGUGUACUACGAUAAAAUUUUCAAACACUGAUUAGAAUCCUCUUCGAUAAGAGUACGAGUUAGUUUCUUCAUCGCCUUCGUUCACAAAUAAACACACGGUUUAAAAUGUUGAGGGACAAAGUCAAAAUCUAAGUCCUCAAGGUUGAUAGACGUCUUGUGACUUAAUUUCAACCUUGUUUCCGAGGCAAAGAGAUUUAGAGCUCCGAAAUGAGCAUUUUCUUCGAAAUUUUGGUCCGUAUAGCAAGUUACGGACCGCAAAUUGACCAAUCGCAAGGCGAAAACAGACUCAGCCAUAUAACACCCUCCUCGAUCUCCACAAUUCUUCAUAAGAUACUCAGCCUCAUUCAUUAAUUGUUAACUAUAAAUAACGCUGGCAGAGAUAAUAGGGCCGUUUAUACGAGAGAAAAUAAGCCGCGGCUUACAUAAGAGGCGAACACGCCUUGUAAAUGGUACAAAAUCUACGUUCACGGCUUAUUCAACCCAAUGCCAGCUCAAGCCGCGGCUUAUCCUGGCCGAGGGGUUUUGGGAUGGGCUUAUCCAAGCCGCGGCUUACCUUGGACGUCAAACUGUUCGUAUAAAUGCACUCAAACGUUGUCCGCGGCUUGCUGAAGCCGUGAACGACUGCUGCGCAUGCUGUGUUUUCAAUUAUAUUCCAGACCUUCACGGCCGAGAGACGCGCGUUGCAGUGGCGGGAAAAUGAGUUUUGUUUACAUUUACAAAGUGGAAAAUAGCGGAUAGAGAAUCAUGUAAACAAAGAAAUGUGUGGAGUGCCCCAGAAGAAAAACAAAUCCUGCUCAUAUGCAGCCAGCUUGAGAUUGCGGGGACAUGUCUAUGAAACCACUCAACGGGUCGCUGUCGAAUCUUUUGUCGGGGUUUUCGCAUAAGUUUCCCAGUUUUCUUUGACCAAUUAAUUACCUGGGAACCCAACACCAAUCUUGACCAAAGAGACAGUUUAAAAUGAAAAAGAAAGUGAAAAAAAAAACAGCGAUUUUUAAGGGCCAAAGCCAGCCGUUUAGCUUUUUUGCUCGCCCGAGCCAUUGUUGCGAGAUGCAAACGCAAUUACCCCAAAACGAGGCACCAAAACAAACUACGUCAUCAUUGGACCGAUCUGGCCGCGAAUUAAGUCGUGAACCAUUUAUACGAGCAGUUCGCGUCUAAUAUAAGCUGUACUCGUAUAAAUGGUUCCUUUCGUGUCUUAUGUAAGCCGCGGCUUAUUUUCUCUCGUAUAGAUGACCCUAAUGUCUACUUAAAAAUCCUUAAAUUUUGGAAAAUCCUCAGUUUGGUAGGGUAAGUGGUUGUUGCUUAACUGUCCUAUUACAACCCUACACAAUAAUUAGUGAAAACAUACAGCAGUGAAAAAGCACGAAUUAAAUUUGAGGAAAUUUUAAUGGUUAUGGUUAAUCCGGUAAUUAGAUAGCUUGAUAUUUGCAAUGAUCCCUAUAAUUGUGAUAACUUCCAAGUACAUUUAACCUUUUUAACACCUGAUUAAUCUCUUGGCCAUGUUUCGCAUCCACGCGCUUCAUUUUAAUUUUCAUUAUUUCAUUUUGUCAGUAUUUUUUUAAGGACCUACGUUGUGUUUGUUCAACGCUUUCUAUUCAUCGAUUAUUGCUAUUUUUAUUGGGAUACCUAGCGUAGCCUGCGAACGGCAGACGUUCCUCCUCUCAUCGCUGCUGAGGGACGUUUAGCGAGGAGGAACGUCUGCGACGCAGCGACAGAAAUUCCAUACUGAUGACGUAAAUCAAUGUUUACAUCAUAAAUCCGGUAGUCAUGGGGUUCCAAAUGCAAAUUUGUUCAAUUUUACGUUUCUCCUGGUCGAUUUUGGAAAAGUGUUGUGUUCAUCUGCGAAUGAACUUCAGCAAAACUCAAAUGCUUCUUAUAGAGAAGACUAUAUUCCACACAUAUUGACUGUUUUGUUAGAGAUUCAAUGCAUUUACAUUUGACCUUUGCCGCCUUUUGUCUUUUGUCUGUCAUUCGUAAAUAAUAGCUAGAACAAUGAAACUACUCCGUCGACCAAUUAGCGCUUCUGACCGGAUUCCGGACAGAUUCUGCGUCAUCAGUAUGGAAUUUCCGUCGCUGAGUGGCAGACGUUCCUCCUCGCGAAACGUCCCUCAGCGGCGAUGAGCGAGGAGAAACUUCUACCGUUCGCAGGCUAACACAGCGGACGCCUCGGCGGAGCAGAGAGUCCUAAGGAUACAACAAAUAGCUAUGGAGGGCCUCAUCAGUAGUGGUGUCCCAGUUCAAGUUCAAUACAACGACAAUAAGAAAAAAAAAGAAGAAGUAAAAACAGAGCUAACUAUACAUCAGGUUGGCUACAACCACAGAGCGAUUACAAGUGGGUGGAUGUUAUACAGUACUUAUGAAAAACUAGGUAUGAACUUUUGGCUAAAUUAAUCAUGGAGAAUUAGCCGAAUUUUUGGGCAGCAAAAGAGGUUUGCGAAAUUAAUAAAUGGAUCAUGAUUAAAAUGCGCGGGAAACGUCUUUAAUUUUUGCUAACUGUGUUCAGGCAAUUACUAAUAAUGACGUCACGAUACCAUAAGGAGGCGUGUCGAUCUCCAUUCGGCAGUUUAUUAAGCCCAUGUUCUUUCAACGUAAAAUCUCCCACCUUUUAAGUCAAACGGUUCAUGUUAAAGUUAAAUUUUUGUAAUAGAAAUUACGAGUUCUUUAGGACUUCAUCAACAACGUACAUUACUUUUUUUUUACAAUGGCUCUCCCAAUCAUUCCGAUAUUAAAGCAGUCUUAGACAGAUUCAGUUAUAACGGUUAUUACGCAUGUUUUAUUUCCUGCCGCUUUCAUUGUCUAACAGUUGCUCCAGAUAACUGAUUCAAGGCGCGCAAUGUGCUGGUCAUGAGUGUACGACAUAACCAAUUCUACCCAAAUUCGAAAGAAACCCUUUCAUUUCAACCUUCAUUACAUUACAACUCCAAUGAAAAAAAUAGAAAGCGGCGUUUUUAAGAUUUAUUUCCGAGGGCACAAAGAGCACCAAGGACAUAUAGAGCAAAAUUUAAGUGGUGUUUUUUUUCUCAGACACACGCGUGGUGGUGAAGAAUGCGCGUUUUUUAUUCGAGUCUUGUAACAAUCACGCUUUCAAAGCACAAUUGUGCUAGUCAUAUUCGCUAUAACAAACUGCUUGAUUAUUCAAUGACUAGCUACCAUCAAAUUCAGGACUAGAUACUACAUAGAGGGUAGCUAAAUGUCGCGGGUCGUGGGUGUGGAUGCGGGUAAAAAAAAGUUUUCCAAAAGAUAUGUAUCUAUACAUAUAUUAAUAAAUCUACUUGGACUUAUGAGAGAUUUGAUCACGCGCGUAACAUUUCGUUUCUUAUGUAAAUCAUUUAUUAUCUUCACUACUAGGCAAACUUUGUCAAACACUGUAUUUACAAAAAGCGGUUUUUUUUUUCAGCCAUUUUGAAUUCUUUAGGGCUCAGCAAAUUAUUUUACUGUUCCAGAUGCAACAUAAAUUUAAUAUAAAAUUUACUAAUAAACAUGGCUCAAGCUUUUCUUUAGAAAAAAAAGACCACAUUAAAUACCUAGGUGUCUUAAUUGAUGAAAAACUGACUUGGAAAAACCAAAUAUCCAAUAUUUGGUCAAGAAUUUCCACAAAUACAGGGAUCUUUCUUCGGCUAAGGCGUUAUCUCUCUCUAAAACAGCUCAAGCAACUUCAUCAUACUUUAAUUUAUCCAUACAUAAACUAUGCCAUUAUUUCCUGGGGUAGUGCAUCUACAUCAAAUUUAAACAAAAUCCAGGUGAAGUAAAAUCAUAUUGUCCGUCUGAUCUUUUUUGCCACCUUGUAUGAGAAACACACUCAGAGUGCUCUUCCAUUAUUAAACCUGCUAGAUUUACUCUCUGUUGAAAACAUUUUUGCGUUUCAGUUGCUCAAUUUCUGCCAUCAAUGGCAUAAAAAGCAAUUUCCAGACAUUUUUGAUCAACACUUUCGCUACACCAGUGAUGUUCACUCAUACAAUACAAGAUACGCAUCAAAGGCCAAUUUCUGUAAAGAACACUUUAGGACUAAUGCUGGGAAACGAACUACAUCGGCUAUGGCUGUUAAAUUGUGGCAGGAAUUACCUAUUGAACUUAAACAUUUAAAACAUUUCGAUUUUCGUAAGAAAGUAAAGCAAUAUUUAUUAGUAAAGCAAAUCCGCUGUCACAGUUAAUAGUCGCAUACUACGGUGGCCCACAACUGUCAUAUCAAAUACAAAUUACUCACAUCAAAUACAAAAUCCUGACAUCAAAUACAAAUUACUUACAUCAAAAACAAAUUGCUCACAUCAAAUACAAAUUACGCACAUGAAAUACAAAAUCCUGACAUCAAACACAAAUUACUCACAUCAAACACAAAUUGCUCAAAUCAAAUACAAAUUGCUCACAUCAAAUACAAAUACAAAAUCCUAACAUCAAAAGCAAGAUUAUACGGUCAGCGGCCGCAGAACGAAACUAUGUCCAGUUUUCACUCGGCCUUGACCCGACCGCCAUUUUGUUCCUGCACAUGGUAUUGUCGUCGGGAUGUUUUGCAGCAACUGCGUAAGAAAUGUCGACAAUAGCAACUUUUGUAGCAACUGCGGGAAAGGUAAGUUAAAGCUGUAAACUAGUGGCGAACCGAACGACCAAUUAAGGUCUACGAAGAGUUCACUUUGUAACUCAAACCAGAGGGCUCGCUCAUUACACCACAGGUAGCCCAAGCUCGAAAUAUGAGCAUCGGCAUUGUUGCGUUACAUUCAAAAUAUAAGGAUUUGUAUGGGGAAAAAAACCUAUCCUUUCUGUAACCUACGAAAAUGAAAGGAUUUCAAUAAAAAACAGCUUACCUUACUUAAAAUGUAAAAUUUUGGUCCACGGGCCGAUUUAUGGCCGUUUUAUGGGUUUUUAUGUAAAUGGUUUUCUCUCUAUACCGUUGAAAGAUAGCGACACGGCCUGAGACUCAAAUUACUCACACUCGGGGUGGGAAACAGUCUCUUGCUCCCGCUGUUUUCUUUCUCGGGUAUUGGUGUCAACGGGAGCAAGAGACUGUCUCCCACCCCGAGUGUGAGUAAUUUGAGUCUCAGGCCGUGUCGCUAUCUUUCAACGGUAACGCGGAGUUCAAGUUGAGGUUCAGUCGAUAGCUUCUGACGGGAAAGGUUGCAGAAUUUGCGACCUUUGAUUCGCUCUCGGUGCAAAGGCGUCUUGAAGCAAGGUAACGAAUGGAAAGGAGAACUAACGUGUGUUCAGAAUUUGGAGGCGAUUGGAGCAGUUGGAGCGAAUUUACGGCCGUUUUCCUUCGGUGGAUCAGUCGAGCCGCUUCGCUGGAGUGCCCAACCUUGGUAAACCUUUUUAUUGAGAGAAAACCGUUUAAAUAAAAAACCAUAAAACGGCCAUAAAUCGGCCCGUGGACCACACAGGAGAGACCUAACACAUAUUUUAAAAAAGGUAAGCUGUUUUUUUUUUUAAAAUUCUUUCAUUUUCGUAGGUUACAGAAACGAUAGGUUUUUUUUCCCAUACAAAUCCUUUUAUUUUGAAUGUUACGCAACAAUGCCGAUGCUCGCCGAUGCUCAUGUUGCGAGCUUGGGCUACCUGUGGUGUAAUGAGCGAGCCCUCUGAUUUGAGUUACAAAGUGAACUUUUCGUAGACCUUAAUUGGUCGUUCGCCACUAGUUUACAGCUUUAACUUACCUUUCCCGCAGUUGCUACAAAAGUUGCUAUUGGCGACAUUUCUUACGCAGUUGCUGCAAAAUAUCCCGACGACAAUACCAUGUGCAGGAAUAAAAUGGUGGUCGGGUCGAGGCCGAGGCCGAGUGAAAACUGGAAAUAGUUUUUGCUCUCCGACCGCUGACCGUUUAAUAUUGCUUUUGAUGUCAGGAUUUUGUAUUUGAUGUAAGUAAUUUGUAUUUGAUGUGAGUAAUUUGUAUUUGAUGUGAGUAAUUUGUAUUUGAUGUCAGGAUUUUGUAUUUGAUGUGAGUAAUUUGUAUUUGAUGAGAGCAAUUUGUAUUUGAUGUCAGGAUUUUGUAUUUGAUGUGAGUAAUUUGUAUUUGAUGAGAGUAAUUUGUUUUUGAUGUGAGUAAUUUGUAUUUGAUGUCAGGAUUUUGUAUUUGAUGUGAGUUAUUUGUAUUUGACGCGAGUAAUUUGUAUUUGAUAUGACAGUUGUGGGCCACCGUAGCAUACAACUUCUUAUCUAGCUCUUGUACUUUCUGACCGCAUUUCAUUAUGUGUGUGUGUGUGUGUGUGUGUGUGUGUGUGUGUGUGUGUGUGUGUGUGUGUGUGUGUGUGUGUGUGUGUGUGUAUUGUAUGUGUCAUUGUUGGCGUGUUUUGCACAUGAUGUCUACAUAUUAAAUUGUAACAAUACAAGACUAGUAUCUAACUCGAAAACCUAAUGGUUUAUUUAGAUGCACGCUAGGCAUUUCCUUGCCUGUAAUGUAUUUUUAGUUUUCCUUUUAUUACACUGCAUGUAACUGACCGUUGAGACUAAAACUACCCUCUGUAACUAUUAUUAUUCUGAAGCGAAAUGUAAAUAAAGCUUGUUGUUGUUGUUUGUUGUUGUAGUUGCAGUGUGUGGUCAGAAACAACAUAACAGAAUAUCCAGAAACCGCGGCUAUCACAGAAUUUUGCCCCCAGGAUACUAACUGGAAAAAGAAUACUAAGCAAGAAUACUUUAGGAUACUAACUUGAACGUUGGAAAAUUUAUUUAGGUAUUUGCGACUCUUAUUCCAGAUCAGUUUGAUCUCAUUUGUAACUGAUUUGUAAAUUUGUAUCAUAGUUUUUGUAUUGAGAGGUGUCAUUUUUUUUUUUUGUAUUUGCUUCACAGAGCGAAGUUAGGAAUGGCCAAAUUUGCACGUCAAGGAGCCUCUCUGCUUUAUGCUCAGAUUAGAAAGUCCUACCGCGUUGAUCUUGACAUUCGAGGUGGGGAUUUGACAAAUUUUUUAGCCGGUUUUGGACUAGGUAGUGCAGGAACGGCUCUUUGGACUCACCAAAGCAAUUCGGCCCCUCAACCUGCAACAGAAAAUCCAGAUGUACCUAAAAAAGUUGAGGAUGCAGUAAGAAAUGCCUUGGAGAGAAACGAAGCUGAUAAGAUUGACCCUGAGCUGACCGGAAUUAAAAAAGGUUGCAUCGUAGUUGAACUUGAUUGCCACACAGAACAGAGUUUCCUGAGGUUCAUGAAAGACUUUGAGAAAGGAGAAAUAAAGCAUAAGUUAGAGAAGGAGUUUGGAAAAAUCGGAUUCAAAGAAGGAAUCGACGUAACUAUUACCAAUCGGGAUGAAGUUCAGCAGAAUGUCAAUGCAAUAAGGUAUCUUUUAUUAGCGCAUAUCAUUGAGACAUUUGUAAUUGAGUCAGUGAAUAGUGCACUGAAAAUUGAUCCGUGAUCAUGCAGGAUCAUGCAGGGUAUCAGAUAAAUUUGGUAAUGAUUCAUUUUACUCUCUGGUUAGCCGCGCACGCUCCAAACCUCGCGCAAUAUGCAAAUCUAUCUGGCCUGACCAGAUUUGCAAAACGCGAAUUAUCAACUUACUUAUCUUGGAGUAUAAAAAAACAUAAUGACUGUAAUCAUGCUAAUAUGUUUCCAGGACGUUUUUCUCCUGACUCUUAUACAGUCUUACUUUCCUCGAUCACUUGCCAUGUAGUUUUGAUAGUAUGUCAGCUUUCAUUUGCAUUGCAUUUUUAUUAUUUUUUAAAAUUACUAAACGAUGGUGAAAAAAACCUUGCCCCUUGCAAUUCUGGCCCCAGUCUUUCUCUGUCAGGCGCUGUAUGACCGAGAGAGUGUGAAAAAAAUGACGGAAGAGGGUCGGGACGAGACUUCUCUCGCCUUUCACAGUCAUACGGUGCUUUGCGCUAAACAUAAUCAGAGAGGAUCCUGGGUACGAGGAAGUGAAAUUACUUCUUCGGCCGUCACCUAUUUAAAGCUAAGAUCCGAGGAAACACCGCAGAUGUAAUAUUCAAUAAACGUGAGUAUGAUUUCAGAAUCUUUCUGCUUUGCCGACUACGACAUUGCUAGUCAGAGGCGCGCAUUUAUUGACAUUUUCGUGUUUCAGUUUAAACAAUUUUGCCCCUCUAGUCAUUUUUCUUGUGAUUGUGCUCUCAGUACCUAGAACUUUAUCGCUUGAACAUCUACAAAGAUACGUUAUCUGAAAAGAAUUGUUUUGAAACUACACAGUAACUUUAAAUUUAAUUACAGCAGCAAUUUACUUAUUCACUUAUUUUCUUAAGCUGCUUUGUCUUUUCAUCAGGAAUCCCUUUAAAUCUGUUAGUUUUUUUAUUUUUUAGCAAAUAUAGUCGUUUCGUUGUAAGUAGAAUUCUUCGUCACAAUUCGGAUCAUGGAAACAGGCGUUAAAUUCAAGCACAAACUGAACACGGCUUUUUUUUUUAUCGAAUUUCUAGUUGUUCGCUGCCCGAUAUCUCCGAUAAUAGGGACUUAAAGACACGGCGACUACGGACUAGGACUACGGUUAAACACUACUGCGCAUGAUCAGAACCAUGUGACGUUCAUUUUUCCCGCGUAAUAUUGCGGCUACGGUGAGUUGUUGAGCUGUUUCGCGUAGUCGCGACUACGGAGAACAUUUUGCUCGUAUUUUACAGUCUCGGUAAUUCUAGAAUCUCGUCUUUUCGUAAAAAAGUUUUCAAUUCAUCUGCUUUAAGUGAGAGGGAAGCGAAAUAUGUAAGUUGUGUCUAAUUUCUGCUCAGAUUUACGCUUUUAGUAUGCUCGAACGACUUGAAGUUGUGACUACAUUUUUAUCUAUUAAAAACUAAGCUUAUAUUUAAAUAAGCUUAGCUGUUUAUACGCAGAAUUCAGAUUGACGGCCGAGAACAGAAAUCAAGCAGGUAAUUUACUCUCUCUUCGCACUUGAAAAGUUUCAAUGUUUGUUAGUGUGUUUGUUCGCGCGAAUUGAGCAGUGUGUCUUUCUACUUGUGUAACCUUUGUUUAUGCGAGUUUUUAUAUCGCAUAUGCUGAAUGAAAAUGAUGUAAACAUCUUUUAGAUAAUCGAAACUCAAUCGGCAUUUCGAUACUUAAAACUACAUCAGUAAUCGGAGAAGUCCAUCCUCUAAAUCUAACAAAUGAGCUAUUACUAUUUCUGUUUUUUUUUUUUUAAUAUUUGAUAUAAGUAUUCAUGGGCAAACAAAACCUGUCAAACCAAAACUUUGUUCACCAAUUUCACACGAUGUAAUUGCUUCCCCCAACUAAGGAAGAAUUUGUUCAUUAUUCUAAAGGUAAGAUCACAUGCAAAAUACUUGCAUUUUUGUGAACUGAACAUGAAAACAAGAAAAUCUUUGCGUGUUGUUUCCCUCUCGGCCUCUUCUCUCGUAGUCUACUGUCUGUGGUGCAAUCUUAACGUUCCAUAUUUGCACGACUCAACCCACUGCUACAAACAAAGGACAACGCUCGUCCAGCCGUAGUUCGUAGUCCGUAGUCGCCGUAUCUUAAAGGGAUUGGUUCACCAUAAUGCGCAUGUGUGAGUUCUGACAGUAGCUGAUUGUUUUUAAACCAAUCGGAAGGGAGUUAGAUGCACGCAAGUAAAUUUACAAAAUUCAAAUUCAUUGUCAGCUACGCGAGAGUAUUUCCGGGCAUUUGCUUUGAUUUUACUUAUCUCUAUAAUUCAAGUUUAUUCUUUGCUACUCCUCAGAUAUAUGUUGCAGCCGAUAAGAAUAAGAUUUACUUCCCUGUCCUGCUUUGAAACAAAAACGUGUAUUUUUACGAGGUCGCACCCAUUCUAACAAAGCCGUCACCGAUCGGCAAACAAAAUUUGUAAACAAACAUUUUAUUACUGUUCUCUCAGUUCGCCUUAUAUAAACCCAGAAAUACCUACAAAUAGCACCUGACCGGUGACAAAAAGCACACAAGGUAUGAGUAUAAAGAUUAUCCUUAAUUGAGCAUAAAUUUCAAUUUCUUAUCAGCAAAUCAACAAAUUUAUUCGCGUUCCAUCGGGUCAGUAGUCCGCAAAACAAAUUUUAUUGAGAAGAACACAUAAAGAAACUAGAUUAUAAACAGAAUAUUCAGGCGAUAAUUUAUUUUAAAACAUCAAUUCUUAAACUAUACGAUCGUAAAGCAAAAAUACAAGGAACAUUUCAAGUGUACCAGAUCGGUGAAGAUCGCGCAGCCUGUUGAUAACUACUGGUCGCAGUCAAAAUUCAAAUCAAAGUUGAACGAACUCAUGCCUUUAACCACUUUCCAAGUGUCGUGUAUUCUUUUCGUAAGCCACAAACUACUCCUAGAACCAUACCAGAUCGAUCGGCUGAGCUUCUCUAUCUCCAAAGACUCUUGAAUUGAGAACGUCCUGUUGCCGGAAGGCCACGAUGGUCCUCUGAACCUCCAAGAUCAAAACAUUAUUUUUUGCGUUUUCUUAAAACGAACCAGUCAAACAACACAACCACACGUUAAUCACCACUACCGAAGUAUAACUAGGCCGGCCAAAGCGGCGGAUGUCGGAAUAAAGCGAAGGAUUGUCAAUGAUUGUACCGAUAAUGGAAAUUUCGUAUUUAGUGUUGACCCAACAAAUUUAUUCUGAAGAGACAAACGGCGCGCAUGCACAUAACCGUGAUCGCGUCCCUUUAAAGUCCCUAAUACUAAGCCAUCCUAUGGUCAGACCAAAAAAUCUGUUUUGCGAUGACACUGAGCUGAUCUAGGCUCGGUUCGGCUUAGACUUUAGAGGAUGUUAGCAUCGACAACGAGUACGAGUUCUAGAACGAGAUCAGCGAUUUUGUGUACUGGGCAUCCAUUCUGCGCAUCUCCACGUUUUCAAGUCGUCCUGUCAAGUUGCACUACGACGAGUUCUCACCAAAAACUCGAAGUGGGUAGAACGACUGGGAAGAGCUGGUUUUCAAAGGUAAAUUCCGAUCGUUUAAUGCAGUUUCUUUUCGUUUCUAGCCUCUCUUUAUCAUCUUGAACAUUCCUUAUAUUAUGUUUUAUGUAAAAUACUGCUUUUGAAGUCGAGGAAAAGCAACCGAACGCGAUAUUUCCUACACAGUUCUAUAAACUCGAACUCGGUGUUAUCGCUAACAGAGAAAGAUGAGAAAACGACUUCGAGUACGAGUACGGCUUGAAGUCGUUCUCGUACUCGUACUUGUUGUUGAUGCUAACAUCCUCUUUUGAGGUUGUUGCGGUAAAUCAAUGUUAAUGAAAGUUUGACACAUUAUUAUUCGAUCAUUAUACACGUCAUGAAGAUUUCAUUAUAGUGGCAUUUUUUAAGAAUUCUAUCGAGCCGUUCCUGCGAUAUAUUAAAAAGCGUUAACAACCAAGAUUUUGCACAAAGUUGCACUAUGAAUGGUGUUUAGGAAAAACGAUUUGUUUCUACGAGGACGUCCAGUAAUAUUUCCUAGCACGGAAAUAUGAUGUUAAACAGCAUUGUGAUGAACCGUAAUAGUAAUUUGAGUUGGAAUUUGCUUCUCGUUCAUUUAUCACGACUUUUAAAAAUACAUAGUUUUAAGUAUAUUUGCUUUUUAUUUAAAUUCAAGCAUUGAGAAUUUUUUUAUUCUCGUGGAGAUAAUUUGCCAAAUACCACACUUUAAAUACUGAUUUUCAUUGACAGGACUACUGAUGUUGCAAAUUUUUGUUUAUUGUUGUCAUGAUAAUAUCGACUUUAUUUGAAACAACAUUUUGACAAACAUGGCAGUAUCCAAAUUCAUUUAGUAGUGAAGAGUAGUUCGUGUAUAAGUAGCUAGGGCUUGUUCCUUGAUGUUUUGCAUAACAAUUUCUGCUACAACAACAGAGACUGGAGAGCGCAUAGCUAUACCUCUUUGGUUACGCUACAUUGGCGACACAUACACCGCUGUCGAUGCGACACCAAGAAGAAACAGACGGUUUUCACGAACGUCUAAAGAGACAGAACGCUGACAUACAGUUUACCAAGGAGAUUCGAGGAAAAUGGUAAAAUACCUCUUUUACGCUGCUUGGUCCCUCGCGACAACAACAGACUACGAACGACAAUUCACAGAAAACCGACACAUACCGACCGAUUACUAGAUCAGUCAUCCUACAACCCGACCUCUCACAAGGCUACAACUAUCACUAACUUUGAUGAGACGAGCGCAACUAGUUUGCGACUCGCCUGACAGCGUACAAGACGAGACUGACCACCUAAACAACGUUUUUAGUAAAAACAACUACAACACAGACUUUGUUAGACGGAACAGUCACUCAAAGAGAUAACCAGUUUACGACGACUACUUACUAAUGUCAAGGACAGACAGGGAGCACUGUAUACAAGAUCAAAUGCUGCUACUCUGCUACUGCCAGGCUACUAACAUUGAUAAAACCGGCAGAAACGAGCCACGAGAAAUUGUGACGUAAGCAAUCAUAUUCCUGAGCACCAUUACAGACGAAACAUCAAUUCGGCUGGACUACUAUCAACGACUCACUUUAGAAAGCUGGUUUACUAACUUAGAACAAACGCCACUGAAUCGUAGUCAACGGUUACCGGCACAGUACAAACGACUUAUCGACGGAAUCAAGCAAAAGUAACUACGAGAGAACGACUGGACAACUGAAAAUUUGACUAACAAUAAACGACUGUUUAACAGUGACAAUAGACGGAUCAGCACGCACCAAUGAGAUUACGAGUCUUCAAUAGCCAAUUAAUAACAUCACGGCUUAACUGACAGACGACCAAUGACAUCGCGACUUAAUUGACCAAUAAGGUCAAUAACCAGAGUCAAAUACCAUCAACUGACGUGAUACAACUCACUUCGACUCUGAAGAUGACUACAGCACAGGUUGGCGCAACGUCAGUCACGGUCAACAACAGCAGUCCUAUUCAGGACCACGUUCACCCGGACGAUCAUACUUAAACCUACUUAUGAAACGACUCCUGGGUUCAAACCUUUUACAGUAAUAAUCAAAUUUUCUAAGUCAGCUAAAGAGCAUUUGGUUCAUAAGUCUGAAGAAGGCUGCGUGAAGCUAAUAUCAAAUUGAAUCCGAAGAAAUGUUUUUUUGUCAAACAAAAGGUAGAAUAUCUUGGUCACGUUGUAACCCCUGAAGGUGUAAGUCCUAACCUAGAGAAGGUGCAUGUCGUGCAAGAAUUUCCUACUCCAACUAACUUGAAGGAACUUAGAAAUUUCUUGGGUCUUAAGAAUUAUUAUAGGCGUUUUGUCAAGGGGUUUUUCUCAAAUAGGCACUCCCCUAAAUGCAUUGAUGACUAAGAGAGGGUCUCCUUUAAUUGGACUAAGGAAUGUGCUGUCGCUUUUGACAAGCUGAGAAGCGUGCCUUAGUUUCCGCUUCUAAUUUAGCUCAUCCAAACUUUAAGUCGGUUGUACUUCUAGUCUACGUCUAGCUAAUUCUUAGCUAAAACUGUGGGCCCUAAAACAUUACAGAUACGACACACCUUGCAAAAUAUUCCUCCGCCUGUUUCCUAGACGUAUAAUCAGGAGGUUUGCAGUUCCCAUACGUGUUUUGUGUUCAAUGUAAAACUCAUUUCGUUUUUAGGUAUAUAUACAGGUACUCAAAGUUGAUUAAUAAAACUCCCUGAUGAAGUGUAGGCUAGACACCAAAACACGUAGGAGACGAUAAAACCAUUUUACCACUCAAGGAGUUCGCAGAAGUGCUGCUCACUGGUUUAUCAAAUUUAAAAAAUGUUUUGCUUUUGUCGCCUUUUUGAGACUGUUUGAGAUCCAAGAUACUUUAAAGGGACUGGUUCACGAUAAUGCGCAUGUGUGAGUUCUGACAGUAGCUGAUUGUUUUUCAACCAAUCGGAAGCGAGUUAGAUGCACGCAAGUAAAUUUACAAAAUUCAAAUUAAUUGUUCGCGACGCGAGAGUAUUUCCGGGCAUUUGGUUUGAUUUUAUUUAUCCCCAUAAUUCAAGUCUAUUCUUUGCUACUUCUUAGAUAUAUGUUGCAGCCGAUAACAAUAAAAUUUACAGCCCUGUCCUGCUUUGAAACAAACAUUUACCAACGUGUAUUUUUACGAGGUCGUACCCACGCUAACAAAGCAUUCACCGAUCGGCAAACAAAAUUUGUAAACAAACAUCUUAUUACUGUUCUCUCAGUUCGCCUUAUAUAAUCCCAGAAAUACCUACAAAUAGCACCUGACCGGUGACAAAAACACACAACGUAUGAGUAUAAAGAUUAUCCUUAAUUGAGCAUAAAUUUCAAUUGCUUAUCAGCAAAUGAACAAAUUCAUUCGAGUUGCAUUGGGUCAGUGUUCCGCAAAACAAAUGUUAUCGAGUAGCACACAUAAAGAAACUAGAUUAUGAACAGAAUAUUCAGGCAAUAAUUUAUUUUAAAAACAUCAAUUCUUAAACAUAUAUAUACGAUCGUAAAGCAAAGAUACAAGGAACAUUUCAAGUGUACCAGAUCGGUGAAGAUCGCGCGGCCUCUUGCGGUAUAACUACAGGUCGGGGUCAAAAAUCAAAUCAAAGUUGAACGAACUCAUGCCUUUAACCACUUUCCAAGUGUCGUGUAUUCUUUUCGUAAGCCACACACUACUCCUAGAACCAUACCAGAUCGAUAGGCUAAGCUUUUCUAUCUCCAAAGACUCUUGAGAACGUCCUGUUGCCGGACGGCCACGAUGCUCUUCUGAACCUCCAUGAUCAAAACAUUAUUUUUUGCGUCUUCUCAAAACGUAACCAGUCAAACGACAAAACCACACGUUAAUCACCACUACCGAAGUAUACCUAGACCAGCCAAAGCGACGGAUGUCCGAAUAAAACGAAGGAUUUUCAAUGAUUGUACCGGUAAUGGCGAUUUCGAAUUUAGUGUUGACCCAACAAAGUUAUUCUGAAGAGACAAACGGCGCGCAUGCGCAUUAUCGUGAACCAGUCCCUUUAAGCCAGAUUUCCCAUCUGACCAACAAAACGUUGGUAGGUUAUUCAGAUUUGCCUACUGUUCGUUUCUUCACAUUUGUCUGCGAAAUGUUUUAUUGAUCCUUCAUCAUGAUUGAAAUUGACUAAAUUGUCUAUUGACAUGUUAUUGUUAGCGCUUGAGAUAGCCGAUAGCCUGAGUAUCAGGCGUUUCUGGCGAAAAGGGGAAAGAUGGAAGCCAAAAAGGGAAAAUCUCCUCUCCCCUAGCCCCUUAGGAAGGCCUGAUAGCCGAUAAUGAUAGUUUUUGCGUCGUGGACCAUUUGACGCCCCUUAAAUUUGAUAUGUCGGGUAAAUGUUUUUUCAGGGCCUGUUCAACACACAAACCUUGCUUUAAUAAACUGUCCGAAUUCAAGGCAGGUAGUGUCUUUAAAAGCAUUAUAGAUAGCUGGUGUUUUUUGUAGUGAAGUGGGUUUCCUUUGUCCUAAAACUGUCUUAAAGACGGUUUCUAGCUUGCGGAAUUGAAAUUGGGUUUUGUUUGGAAUCAGGAUCUGAAAAUUUCUUUUUCGCGGAACCACCAACUCGCUCUGAAUUGUGACCAUAUCCAUCCAUUGGUUCAUCUUAGAGGUAGAUAUUUCCUUUCUACAGCUUCUGGAUCGUUAGCUUUAAGUAGCGGCGAGUUAGAUGUUUCUCCAUUGGCAAUUAUAGCCUUCACUGCAACGUCAGUUUUGUCGGACGGAUUUUUAAAAGACUAGCUUUGGUACCUGUCACCAGAGACUAAUGGUAUAUCACUUUAAUCCACUUUUUUCAACUCAUGCUAUUUCCAAUGUUCAGUGGGAUUCGAACUCAGAUGAUCCCACUCCACUGGAGUUGCAUCAUGAGGUACUGUCCACCCCACCGCCUAUUAGGAUUAACCGUACCGUGAUUGAUAACUUUGAUGAGCUUUUUCAGCUUUACAAUAGCCAGCUUAUUAGUGACACUUUGCAAAAGGCAGACAAUCUGAUUGACCAGAUAGAAGAGACUACUAAAUCCACUUACGCCAAGUACCUUGCUUUCAUUGCACUUGGUCUGUCAAUGGUCAAUUUCAUUGUCUUCUGUUGUUUGUCGAUGCAUCUUUAGGGUAUUUGUACGUCGAUCCGCACGUACGCCUCCGCCUCCCUUAAUACCAGCACCUGUUUCUAACAAACGCUAGUGCAAGGUAUGGAGUUUAGGUUUUUCUCGCGGGUCGAGGGUUGAAUGUAGAGGGUCGAGGAAAAAAAAACAUUCCUUGCGAAUUUUAUAGGCAAUUUUCAUUUCGGAACCCUUUGUUGCUGAUACAAAGCCUUUGAGUAGAACGCAAAAUUUGACCUAGUCACGCGGGAGAUGAGCUGUCACAAUACAUAUUUUUCAGUAACAACAGUGCAAAGCUCUACUGACUCAACAAACGCACCUACUUAUUUAUUUUUACGCUUAGCGAUCAGUGGAGCCUAAGUUCAGCUUAGUGCGGGACGAGUAUUUGGUAAGAUAAGAGUGCUUGCAAUUGAAUAAACGAAUUUUGAUAACGUGCUAGAACAGGGGGUUUCCUAUUGUACUAAAAACAGGAAACCCCGCGUUCUCGAGUAGUGAGUUGGGAUGAGGGAAUCGUAAGGGAAAAGUAGCCGGAUACAGGGAUUCAGUUUUGUCGUGACCAGAUUUUUUAUUUAAUUAACCAGCACUGACUGAAAAAAAUGACUCUUGUGCAGACCGCCUUUGUAGUAUAGGCCGGGAGCUUGGGACGUUUUGCUAACCCAGUGGACAGAAAAAGUUUGACGAUGGAUUUUGAUAGAUUAAAGCACUCGCUUUUUGGCUAGGUAGUUCGUAGUUUCAAAUUGUGGUAUACGUUUUCAGUUAUAGCUCUGUUUUUUAAAAGUCGGCAACAGUGAACUCUCUGUUAAAAAGUGCUCACUACUGCCUUUUUGGUGCUUUAGAGGCUGAUUAUCUUCAAAUUUCAGAUUUUAAUCUGUAUGCUUUUUUUUCCUGUACGCUUAGUUAUUGAUAACUGGUUCCAUAAGCUGACCCUAAGCUCUUACAGUUGCGUAGGGUGUAGUCUCCAACGCAACGGCUUUUUGUCUUUUUUUUUGUACUCUCUCAAUUUGACGAUUUGUCAUUUCCGGCUGUUUCAUUUCGGCUUUUGAUUUCUUUCCCCUCCCCCCAAUCCGGCGACAUCCAAGUGAUAUUUUCUGUGUCCGUGGAACUGAGGUGGUCUGUGAAUUCUGAAAGAGCUUAAUUUUCAAGACGGCGAAGAUCUUAUCAGAGUAAGCUCUUCGAUGAACAUAAUGGGUAAGUGCGCAGUAGUUAAUUCCUCCUGAUCGAAAGCUUCCAUGUGGAGAUGGCAGACAAAAGGAGACGAAAGAGACCCUCACUUAGCCGGGCGCGAAAAGCAUUUGGUGGUAAUACUUUUCUCGGACUACAAAGCACUGUAACGUGCACUGUGGGGAAAUUUUUAGUACUUUCAAUUCAACUUCAUUUCCCGUGUUACUUUUUAAUAGUUUGGUUCUAAUUAUUCUUAUGCCCGUAGCCUGCGCAAUGCUUUGCUUGUUAUUUUAGUCGACGUAUUCACCUGGCCAGUUUGUCAAGGGUACCCAACGUCAAUUUUCGGAAAAUAUCUGUUCGGAAGACGAUUUGAGAUCUAGAAUUUUUGGAACAUUUUUUUGUAAAAUUCCUUGCUUGCCUACCUCUCCUAGGAUUUUCGAAAACUGGCUGAAACUUUCGAAAAGGUAAGUUUUGAUCCCUAUAAUUUUCGGAUCACUAGACCCUCAGCUAGGAAAUCUGAACAGGUGAAAAAUUUUUAGGGGAUAAAACAAGUAUGCCUAUAUCUACCUUUUAAAUACUAAAAUACGUUUAACAAUGCUAUGUUAAAGUGGUUUUGAACCAUAUUCUCGUUGGGUGCCCCUGGUUUGUACUGUAACGGGCAAUGCAUUUUUUAAUUUGAUAUCCUUAAUGUUAUGUUUAAUCUUUUUUAAUGUUAGAAUAUUUAUUUUAACAUUUUGUUGUCAAGAAUUUAUUUUAAUCAAUUUGAAUUGAACCAUAAUGUGCUCCCUGAACUUCCUAGUUUUUUCACUUCAGAUUUCCAAGGGUUCCUUAAGAUUACUGGAUGAUGGGUACACCAAUCUGUUAUCUAGUCUAAAGAUCUAUUCGCCGAUGUUAUUACUAGCCCCGAAAGAGAAAGUGAGCUACAGGAAUCUCCAUAGAACAAUUACAUCUAUUCCGGUUAUUUAACCGUCAAACAGUCUGGAAAUGUCUUUUAUGUGGCGAAAAAACACCAUGUCAGAACAACAAAUGCAAUAAAUUUUCGUCUUGCUGAUGAAGCAACAUACUUCAUGUAAAUUAGUUCGUCCUUUCUUGUUGUUGUUGUUGUUGUUUUUUUUCGUUGUAUUUCUUUUGAUUUUACCUGCUACCUAGAACCUAAAUUGUUCAGGGAGUUAACAAAAAAACCAACUGGUUUAUUUAGCUUCCUCGCUUGCACAUUUUUUUUUCAUUAAAUUUAAUUAAUCUUCUAUUGUAAGUAAAUUUACUAGAUUGUAGUCAGGUUCAUGUAAUCAACCAUCUACAUCGACAGGAGCGUAAUAAAAUCAUUCUAUUCUAAAACAAAAAACAAACAACAACAACAACAAAAAAGUGUCCUACAGAAGGGCAACGAUUACUUACCCUUUUCUCGAAUAGUUAUUUCUCAACGCUGUCUCUUUCAAAGUGAUACUUCGGAAUACCUUUUUGUGCCGUAAAAACGAGUUAAUAAAAAAAAAAACGUUUUUUUAAAUUUUAUUUUACAUAAACGUACAUGAGAUAGCUCAAAGAGUACUUUGAUUAUGACCAGUUAAUUUUAACUUGCAGUGAAAUAGGCCAGGGACAUAGAGAAGGUUUAUAUUGAACACCCUGCGUGUGCAGGGUUCUAUAUAGGUUUUAUCGUUUGGGGGAGAAGUCCUUCGAUCACAAGCUUCCUGGGGGGGGUCCAGGGCAUCCCCCCGGAAAUGUUAUGAAAUAUGCGCUGAGAUACAAUCUGGUGCACUUUAAGGCAAUUUUUAGAAAUUUUAUUUUUUAGUCGCGAUCACGUUCUGACAAUGUUACAAUACUCCAUGUUCCUUGUCAUAGGGUGUCCUUAGAAAGGGAAUACUUACUUCUUGCACACUGAACUCGUCGCGUCUGGAUGAUUUUUUCGAUAUAGUUACUUAUGUACUGUAAUGAUAACUUUAUUUUUGGGGGGAAGCUGGGCGUUUUGGCGGGGAAGUUUCUACCUCUCAAAUACCCUAGAUAGAACCCUGGUGAGAAGUGUACGUCCCAGAACCAGACCCUUUGAAUGUGCGUGGCUUGUGUUUCCCCACUGCACACAGAAUAUCCAGGACGUUGAUGCCAAACCCUAUUUCUUCCCGAUGCUCUUUCUUUGCCAGUCUCCAGCAACUUAAGGUCUGCAUUAAAAAUAUGUCCGGAAUCUUGCAAUAUCUUUCGCUGGGUUACUUACAACACCUGAAAAGUAUAUCUUUGUGAAUGAACAAUUAUCAGUGAAGUUUUCAUACGCUUAAUUAUAGCUACGGUCACGCGAUCAAACAUUCACUUCAUUAGAAAAUCCUUGGACAUGUUUUGUCUAUAUGCCGAAAUUUUCAAUAGAAUGUACUUUUGAGGUUGUUGAGGAUAACCAUACAUGUACAUACACCUAACUGCAAUAACGUUGUCAUAGACAAAAAAAAAACAAAAUUAAAAACAAAAACCUGAAUAGAAAUAACUUGCGCACACUUAGUUCAUUCAGGGAUGAAUGAAUGAAGUAGAAAUAUCUUUGCAGUGGCAAAUUUACCUCCCUUUACUCCCUAAGUAUUAUUCUCUACUGCACGUUCGUGGCUAUUUAAUUCCUAAUUGUUUUUGGUUUUUGCUUUCCUUCUUAUUUUGAAAUGAAUGUACUCGAAGCGUUCAAUAUGAAGCUUUAUAGCGGAGCUCCACGUGCGCGCGCUUUUAAGGGUAGCCCCAUACCUAAGAAAAUGUGGUAAUCUACCGAUCCGAUAAUUUUUGGUAAUCACGUGACCGUACGCACGUUCGCCCGCCGUCCUAAAUUUCGACUCAGUUCCAUCCUCUUUGAUAAAUCUACUGGCAACAUCUUGCCAAAAAAAUUAGUUCAAAUUUCAGUCUUACCUGGGUUAUUUUCCAUGGUUUUCAAUCACCCAAGCUAAAAAGAACUGAGUGCGCAGAGACAGUUAACAAAGUAAGAAUGUGAGUGGGUGUGCAACAAUGGCUAAAUUGCAGUUUUCUCUGUGUUCGAUCCUUUAGGUUGAAAGAUGCAGACUGUCUGAUUGAAUGUCUGGAUGAAAAAGAUGAAGUUAAAUUCAGAGGUACAGGAUUCUAUUAUGGUGAUGGAUGGGUCAUGAUAGUGGCCGAUAACGUCCAAGAUGACGACAAAGAUGACGAAACGUUUCGCUCUUAUCUUUCUGAAGGGAAGUUCCGCGUUUUGUUUUAUGUCAAGGAUAAGAAACAGCAGAAGGAACCAUAUACGUUUUGUCAACGUAAGCGGAUGGCGUUUGUUCACCAUUUAAACCCAGCAGAUGAUAACGAUUUUAAGAACAAGGAUAUUUGGAUGGUGAGGCUGGGCGUUCAGUAUGAGCGAAGGGGAGAUCAAGAUGACUUCAAUGAUUGGGAAAAGCAGGAAAAAGAAAAGCUUAACGAGAUUUUUCCUGGUCAUUUUGGGUUUGCUCAGAUGGCCGCAGCAGACCCUAAAGAAGAAGAUGAUGUGUACGUUGUUGAUAAUGCUGAUGAUAAGAAAACCAAGUUGGUUAAAGAAAUGAAAAUAAGGGCCAUAACUAAAGGUAAGCAAGCUAAGACCACCACUUCUAAAAGAAGUAAACCCGGCGACAAGCGCACCAUUUUAUUGAUCGAUUAUCUCGCCCAUCGAUUAUCGAUUUAUCGAUUAUCUCGUUUUGCACAUUUACAGCUUUGUCAAGAAAAGGAGGAUUACUUCUUUUUGAAAUGUGAUGUGAUCAACAUGUCACGACCACGGGACAAAGAAAAAAUCUGAGUCCCCGACGUCAUGAAUUGAACCUAUGCCUUCCGUACACCGGUCGGAUGCUCUAACCACUGAGCUACGAAGGACUCAUGGCGAGCUGGGCCAUAUCUUUGAGAAGGUUUAUGUAUGACGUGCGUCCUGCGUACUGCUAGGAACAGCAAUGUCGAAAUCCUCAUGUGUGCGACAAAAUGAAAGAUGGUUUCUGCCUUGUUUUUUUCAUUUUCUUUUUUAAUGAAGACCAGUAAUCUUGAACAUUAAAACGUAACACACCAUUUUUACACCCAUUACACACGAAAUUAGACUAUAGAUUAGCCUGCGUGGCAGGCGCAAAAAGGGGAGGGAGAGGGGGAGGGAGAAAAGCACGAAAGAGGGGAAAGGGAAGGGAGCCUUCCCCUCCCUCCCCUACCUCCCUUCCUUUUUCCCUCUUUCCCUAUCCCCUACCCUUUUCGACGCCUGCUACGCACGCUAACUAUAGAUAAGAUUACACAAAAAGGAGUAAAAAAUACUAAGAAAGAACGAGUCAUUCGUGGGAUAUUUCACGGUAUGCCACUUGCAUAACUAGUAUUUAGAAUAAAGUUCAGAUAAUAUUUAUAUAUAACAAAGUUUAAAUAAUUAUAACGCGCACUCUGAUUGGCUGAAACAGCAUGCUUUAUGAGAGUAUAAAACAAGGAGGUAAAGCUGUCACGCCAUCUACCAAUAGUUUGUUUUGAAAAUUAGAAGGCAAUGGGUGGGGAAUUUAACGGAUUCUUCGCCAUAAAACAAAUUAAGAAGUCUUGACAGUUUUAAUGUAAAGCACUUAGGAAGCGGCCAGAUCACUUAAGAAGAAGGGAGAAAGCCCGACUACGACUCGUGUUUUCCCCUGCACUUCUUUUCGUGCUCUGGUCGCUUCCUAGUUGCCUCUAGCAUCUAGAAAAUAGUUACCGACAGCUGAAGCCAAGCUUUCUUUAAUUUUACGUUUUUAACUUUUCGUGUUCUUCACCGCCGCCACAACAUGAAAUACAGCUGCUAUCAAGCUUCUUCUGUUAUUCAAAGCUGGCCGCCCUAAGGGGUACCUUUUUUCACGAGGCUUCAGGUAUAUGAAAGGCUAGGAAUUUCACUAGCUGAAGUAUAUAAAAAGGGUAGUGAAUCUGUCAUUUCGGUGAUAAAAAGGCCCGAAACAAACGGGUCAACAGAUACAUUUUAUGGCUGUGAAAAAGUCGAGAAAAUUUCUUGUUUUGUGGCUUAUUCAUAUUUUAAAGACAGUGAAUUUACAGCAGUUAAAAGGAAUGGAAAGUUCUAAACUAGGUAUAUGAAAUGAGUACCAAUUGUCAAGAGAAGGUACACUAUACGAAAGGGUAACCUUUUCUCUAAAAAAUGGUAUGCAAAAGGUAAGAGGUUGGACUUCUGGGCGGAGCCUCCCUGUAUAAAACUUUGUUGAGUACCCCCAACCGGUUGGUUUAGUAAAGCAUCGCUUAAAGUCAAUGAAACCCUUUUUGUCCCUAUUCCUUCACUCAUUCAACAAGGAUCGGGAAUUAACUGUGAUUAUCAUGAUUCAUGAUGGAAUCAUGAUGAUGAUCGUGAUUCCACCUAUGCGGCAACAUCACCUGCCUACAUUACGUUUGUCCCUGACCUUACUUUUUCAACAUCACCCAUAUAAAGACUGGUUAAUUGACUGAUGGAUGGCUAGAUUGAUUUAUUAUCCUUAAUUGAUUAAUAGGAACAGAUAAAAUACCAGUGCUUCACCUAGCGAAGAAGGCAGGUGCAUCAGGAUGCUCAGUAAUGUUAGGCGGAAAAUGCCAGCUAGUGGGGUUUCAUGUUUCUGACGAUGAAGAUGGUGAAGCCGAGGCUGUGGCGCUGCCGUGGAAAAAUGGCAUUCAACCUUAUAUACAGAAAGGAGUAGACAUCGUUAUAAAUGUAGGAGCAUAUCUGGCAUGCAAAAGCGUAGCAGCAAUUCCAAACGUACCUGAUCUUUUGAAAAAAUCAGCAAUGGAUCAAGUAGAAAACGAAAAGAAAAACCUAGAUUCGACAGCCAAAAAGUAUCGGUUAACCAUUUAUUUGAAAAAUGGUGAGGUUUUUAAGGGACUGCCCUAGAAUGAUAUGGUUCACAAACGUGACUCACGGUAUAAGAUAAUGACUCAGUUUUGUUUUUAAUUAAUUAAGUUGUGGUCAGAAAAGCGUUGCCCACGAAAAAAAAUUCAUUAUUCUGUUGCCCCUCAUUCUCGGUGAUGCGGUAAAAGGUAGUUAUUAUUUCAAAAUGAGGUAUGCAGUUAAUGGC